AUGAUCGCAGCUUUCUCCCUCACCCUCCUUCUGUUGCAAGUGCAGCUUGUUGAAGUUGAGAAUGCGAUUGCAUGGCACUCGCGAGAUGCACACAGGAACUUGAUGCAUCUACGGGGAGGACAAGGCGGCUCGCAAGGCCUCGAAGAGGCCUUCUCCUCUCAGUUUCCGUCAAGUAGGAACGAAAACGAGCGCACGGCCUCAAACGCUGAGGACAGUGAUUUCCUGCUCAACCGCGGGCAGCCGCAGGAACCGAAGAUCUUUGACUUCCCCAGCCAUCUCGGGAGAAACGCUCAAUUCAAGGAGUUCGAGGACACCUUCUUCAAGAACGCGUCCGCUGGCAGCGGGACUAGAGAUUUCUACCGCCAGAUUCACGAGGAUAUCUUUCCUGACGCGAACCCCAUCGACUAUCUCGAUGGUGAUCCAACGCAGCAGGAUAUCUUGACCAGAAGACUCCACGACGACUUGAGGAGAAGUGGCUUGGCUGAGCCGAGCUCGGGCAAGGGGAGUGAAAGCGAGAGCACGAGUCUGGGGCCGACCAACAAGAAGAUACGACGCAGUGAGUAUGCAAAGACGGAUGAAGAUCAGUCUGCAGAAUCCGAUAAGUUGGGCGAAAACUUUGGGAGGGAGUUCGGCUUUCCAACUGGGGGAAACAUGGGUGAGAAUGAAGAGAACCAGGAGGAGAGUCAAAGUUUUUCGAGAGGAGAUUCUGAGGACAUGAACUUGAUCAGCAACGAGGUGGAACCAGUCGGUGCAAGCGUUCGCCCCAUUAGCACGAAUGGUACUGACGCGCAAGGAAAGGAGUUGGCCGAAGCUCGACCUACAGCCAAAGAAGAGAUACACCAGGGUGAUGGACUGGUCGACGACAGUCCUGUCUUCGAGGAUUUGCUGGAUGAGGAAGACGAGAACCAGGAAGCCUUCCCUGAUGACUUCGAGCUCGGGGACAUCGUUGUACCCGACAUGCACAACAACGUGCCGGAAGCGGUCCUGCUAGCCCACGACGAGGCUUACGGUGGAAAUCGAGUUUUCCUAAGACCAGGGGAGCACACGUGGAAGGCGUACAACUUUGGAAGAAUCGAAGUGUUGAGGCCGUUGAAAGUCAUCGCCCAGCGAGGAGCAACUCUCUUGGGAAAGUGGUUGUUGCUGGAUGGGAGCUCAGGGGAGUUCAAGAACGUCCAGUGCCUGUGGGAGGCUGAGAACUCUGAACAGUGCAGAGUGAUCGAUGAUCCUACCGUAUACAUACAGGGAGGAAGGCCCUGGAAACUGAAGAACUGCGAGAUAAGGUCGGCAGGAUGCAUUUCCUUGACCGUGUCACAAUCAGGUCAAUGCGAGGCCAAGUACUGCACAUUCGGAGGGGCCGGAGAGAUAACCUACGUGGAGGCACACGACGAGAAGAACUGUGGCUCGCACGGAGUCAAUGUGAUGGGGAAAGCCGAGGUCAGUCUGCAGAAAUGUCUCAUCGAAGACACCUAUGGCCCGGGUUGUAACUUCCUUGGGAGGACAAAAGGAGAAAUCGAAUCAUGUCUCUUUCAACGAAAUGGCAUCGGGAUUGCGUUCGACUAUCGCACGAAUGUUGAAAUAACAGAAUGUGUCCUCCGUGAAAUAUUCGAGGGAGCAUUUUGGGCCAUGCCAGGAGAGAGUAAAAUGGAGGUGAGAAUGACGUCGAACCAAGUGCAUGGUUGUGUCUGGUGCACAAACAAGCGUCCAGAGAAGCUGUCGAUCAAGGGCAACAACUUCAAUGUCUCGAUCUUCACAUGCCGUCCGACAAAGAAUGAACUUGUUCUGCAGGAGACUUUUCCAGAACAGUGGAAAGAAGUCAUCUCGUCUUAUGCCCCGAUGCUGCACGACAUGAUUGCUUGCGGACAACCCUGGAUACAGCGAGACCCUCCCGACGGAGUCAAAAUCGCGAAAGGAUUUGCUAUUUGA